AUGAAGCUAACGAACGGCCGAAAUCCUGAUCUCAUACUUCUUGGAGUCGGCGUCGGCUUGUUGAUUUCGCUCGUGGUGAUGCCUAAGAAAAAGCUGCCAGGUGGGGACGAACUUAGGGCAGAGCUUCGGAACGCUCUCUUGCAGAUUACCCAGUACGUGCCUUUCGACAGCUUCGAGGAAGCGUCGCGGAUGCUUUCCAAAACUGCGCAACUCGAUAAACACGGUGUGUUGCGACUGGACCGUCUGACGCUGAAAUCAGGACCGUUAGGCUCGAUCUUGUCAGAUGCUCUCACAUACACUCUAAAUGACAAAGCCCUCCCCGUAUCUCUUACCGGAAUAUACCAGGGACACAAAGGCUCUUCCACCGCUGAGAUGCUCGAAAAAUCCCUUUUGGCUGAGGUAAUUGCCAGCCUUCAAGUCUGCUACGAUGAAUACCCUCCCUUUACCCCAGAAAAUGUCCAUGCUGCCAUCAAGGUAGCUUUCCAGUAUCGAGACUCGAAGUGUCUUUACACGCAGCUCCACGAGGUAAUGGGCCAUGAGGUUUUGCCGACGACAACGACUGGCCAGAACACCGGCUUCAAGACGAAAAGAUCGAUUGCUCAGGCCUUUGCGGAUACCUACUCCAGCGCGACAGCACUUGUUGGCGUGUACCUCAAGAAUGACCGCGUUUUUUACGUCGCACGCACUGGGGGCGGGCGUGCCGUCCUCGGAAGACGCGUUGUCGACAGUAUGAAUCCUACGCGGCACAAAUACGAGGUCCACGUCCUCGCCCAGCCAGAGAGCUCGGAUGCCGAUCGCGUCUUUGGCGACAGCCCAAGAAAGUGGCCUAAGGUGGCGCAGGAGCUGGCGCACAAAAAAUAUCUAGGCCCAGCCCCAUCCGAGCGAUCUUCCGCCACGCCCACGCCCACUGUAUCCCACUUCACAGGUAUCCAGAGAGGAGAUUUCGUCGUGUUAGCGUCCGAAGCGUUCUGGGAAUCGCUCGGGAGCGAAGAAGCCAUCGGGCUCGUAGGCCAAUGGCUCGAGCAACGAGGCACGAGAGAGCGCGUUGGCGAGCAGGAGGUCAUCCUCCCGCCCAGUGAAGAAAAUCCGACAGCGUUCGUCGCCGCGUGUAGCAUGCUCCAUCAGACGACAUUCCUCCCUUCCGAGCUGCCGGUUGUCUUCCCAGAUGGGUAUGAGGACACGACCACCAAAUACAAAUCGUGGAACGUCGAGAAACGGUUCAUAUCCGUUCCACACGAUGAAAACGCGGCGUCGCACCUGAUGAGGAACGCACUGGGUGGUGCGGACCGCGAGGCUACUGAGGCGUUGUAUCAGAUUGGUGGUCAACGGGGAAGAGAGCUUCGGGGCGAUAUUUCUAUCUCCGUACUCUUUUUCGAGUGA